UUCAAAGUUUAUAUAUCUAUGUGAAAUAAAAAUAAUUCAUGUUUCGGUAAAAAAUAAGAGUUAAGAUUGGAAAGAGGAAAUUAAUUCAAUAAAAUCGUUACCCUGAAAUGUGCUGUUCUAUAUAAAAAAUUUAUUGCCGGCCUUUUAAGAUAUUCUUUUAUGCCUUUGGUCUUUAAGAAAAUGUGCUGAUGAGUGAUCUUUAAAUUCGAUAUGGGUUCUUUAAACGGUGACAUGUUUAUUGAUAUAUUAGAAGAAAGGCGGAAAACUAGUGAUAUCAGAUGGGCCACUAAAACGUGGGACGUUUCACCAUGCAAAUUUUCUCUAAAAAGGACACCGCAAGAAAUAAAGGAUUCUGUUCUGAACAGUGAAAAAAUAGAUGCAGUCAUAAAAGAGAUAAGCAAAGAAAAUAAUUGGUCUGAAGAAGAAACAAAGUUGAAAGCUAAAGAAAUUUUGGAUGAGAUGUCUCAUAACUUCCAGUUUAAAGUAAUACGUUUCUUUGGUUAUGUGCUAUCAAAAUUCAUGAAGAGUGUCUAUGGUAAAAUAUUAGUGAACAAGAAAGGUGUAGAAAAAAUUGGGAGUGUCUCGUCUCAGUAUCCAGUUUUAUUUCUACCUACUCAUCGUAGUUAUUCUGAUUUCUUGCUUGUGUCAUAUGUUUGCUUUUAUUUCAACUUACCAGUUCCUGUGAUUGCUGCUGGUUUAGAUUUUUUGGGACUAAAAUAUCUGAACUUUUUACUUCGAGGAGCUGGAGCAUUUUUCAUUAGACGCUCAUUUGUUGGAGAUAAGUUGUACAAAGAAAUAUUCACCGAGUAUGUUCAGACACACAUUGAAGGUUGCGAAUAUCCAAUGGAGUUUUUUAUUGAAGGCACUCGAAGUAGAACAGCGAAAUCUCUUGUACCAAAACUAGGCAUGCUGCAGUCAAUUAUUGAACUUUUCUUUGCUUCAAAAGUACCAGACAUCAUUGUUGUACCUAUAAGUAUCAGUUAUGACAGGACUUUAGAAGAAACCCUCUAUGCUUAUGAAUUACUGGGUGUCCCAAAACCUAAAGAAUCGACACGAGGGUUGAUUAAAGCACGUAAAGUAAUGUCUGAUUUUUUUGGGAAUGUCUAUGUACGUUUUGGUGAACAAAUCUCUCUCAAGGAUUACUUUAGGAACUAUGACAGAAGUGUUCACAAUCUUCAUCCAAGAAAUUUUCAUCUUUGUACAAAAGAAGAGCAAGUACUGUGCCGGGAUUUAGCAAAUCAUGUCAUUAGAAUGCAUCAGUGCAAUCUUCUCUUAUCUCCGUUUCCUCUGGUAUGUCUUGUGAUAAGUCAACCUGAAGUCACAAAAACAAAAGGUCUUCAUUUUAACUCUUUAGUUGAUUCGAUUUAUUGGCUAGAAGAAUUAGUGAGGAGAACAGGAGCAACAAUAUAUAGUGAUCAAAAUGAUGUGUCUGAAAGCUUAACAGAGCAGCUAAAACUUCACUCAAACAUCAUUCAAAUAUCUGAUGAUGGGUAUGUUUCUCUGAAACAGGAUUAUAUCCAAUAUCCAGUAUCAGUCCCCAAUGUUCCUUGCCUUCAAAGCACUACUGUUAAGUAUGCAAUUCCAGCUUUGUUUGCCUACCAUUAUGGAAAUCAAGUUUUACAACUCCUUGUUCAUGUCAGCAUGGUGUGUUUAGCCAUGGGAUUUGAUGAAGAAAAUUUGUUUUUUACAGAUGACAUCUUUUUUCGUUAUAAAACACUUCGAAUUCUACUUCAAAGAGAAUUUGUUUUUGAAAGAUUAACUUCUGAACAAGAUUUCAUGCAUGCUCUUCAAUCUUUGAAAGAAGAGAACAUUAUUUGUGUGGAAGGAAAUAAAAUAUAUCUAGUGAAUUCAUGUUUGGAAAAAUCUGAAUUCUUGAGUUCUAUAUUGCUGCCUUUCUUGGAGAGUUAUUGUGUUGUAUGCCAUUAUUUAAUCCAGAAAGAUUACUCUCUUGGUGAUUGCAAGAAAGUUUCAUUGGAGUGUCAGUUAGAGAUAGAAAAUACAAUUUUAAGCGGGAUUUUGUCAGACUACAGAUGCUUGUCUCUAGAUAUUGUAAAUAACUGCAUCACAUUUCUAGUCAAUGAAGGUGCUCUGACAAAAGUUUCCAAUAAUGGACAAUACUGUUUGCUUCCUAACAAGUCAAAACUGUCAAAUGUAGUACUUGAUUUAGAACUAUUUUUACCCACCUUAGCAAAGCUGAACAAUCCAAGUUUGAAGUUUUCUAUGCCAACAGCAAAACUUUGAAGACAUUUGUGAUUUUCAAAAAAAAUUGUUUUAGUGUGUAUGUGUUUCUUUUUUUCUUUCUUUCUUUUUUUUUUUUAAUUUAAUGAAUGCAGUUUUUUAGAACUUUUAUGGUUGUAAUUGCAGACUGGUU